AUGGGGUCAUACUCUCCGCCCCGUAUUUUGUUCAUUGAUGCAUUUGACUCCUUCACCAACAAUGUCGUUGGGCUUCUAGAAAAGUCAAUUCAAGCAGAAGUGACCGUUGUGCGAAUCAACGACCAGAAGUUUGCAGACGGUCUAGAAUUCUUUUUAUCAGCUUUCGACGCCGUAGUAAUCGGUCCCGGCCCUGGGAACCCAGCCAACCCUGAAGACGUCGGAUUCAUCAACCGUCUUUGGAGCUUGCCGGAUACUUCGACUGUGCCAAUACUGGGCAUCUGCCUGGGACACCAAUCUUUGUGCCUCAAUCAUGGUGCGAAAGUUACUAGGUUGAGCGAACCGCGACACGGCAUCGUGAGCAAAAUCAUUCACAAUGGGACCGACAUAUUUGAGGGAGUAGAAGAGCUAUCGGCAACACAAUAUCACUCACUCCAUGUCGACCUUGGCCACUCUAAUCCAGACGUAUUUUGGAGCCCAACAACCGCUUGCCCCUCUAUCUGCCCUCUAGCCUGGGGGCCAGAAGACAACGGUAACCCGGUUUUAAUGGGCGCGAGACACACUGAAAAGCCGUUCUGGUCUGUGCAGUUCCAUCCCGAGUCCAUUUGCACUCACAAGGAAGGCGCCCAAAGAAUAGUGUCGAAUUGGUGGUGGCGAGCCCAAGAAUGGAACAACUCUCACACCAGGGACUUCAAUGGCUCCUUUAUGAAUGGUGUUGAAGAUUUUAACCCCGCAAAGAUUAUCGAUAUCGAGAAGGUCCUCGACGCUCACGACCCCAGGGGCCAUGGUGGUUUUGGACAGAUGCUGCCCAUGGAAAUCCCGUUCUGGGGCGGUUUCGCGGGCUAUAUCUCAUAUGAGGCUGGCUUGGAGACGAUACAAGGUCUGGUCUACGUUCAGUCUCUCCGCGAUGAUGAUUCAGCUUGGGUUGCAGAAAUGGGCCAGGUCAUUCAACGGCUUGAGGGCAGUGGAGCGCACACCACGGGCGAGGACCUGAUCUUGCGUCACGCCAUCGGACAUGCGCAAGUCAGGAAGCCGGAGGAAAUCGAGUACAGACAAAAGGUUUUAGAUUGCCAAGAAUUUUUGAGGUCUGGUGAUUCUGGAACGACUCCGUCCAGUUGGAGUGUGUACAAGCGAUUAAGGCAAAGGAACCCAGCACCAUUCGGUAGCUUCCUUCACCUAAAUGGAGUGACCGUGGUUGGAAGCAGCCCCGAACGCUUCCUCAGUUGGGAUAGAACCGGCCAUUGCCAAUUCCGACCUAUCAAAGGGACCGUAAAGAAAUCCGACUUCACGCGUAAAGAGGCUUAUGAAAUACUCGGAAGCUCCAAAGAACAAGCAGAGAAUUUAAUGAUAGUGGACCUGAUCCGACACGAUCUAAGCAGUGUCGUUGGGGCGAAUAAUACUUGGGUUUCCAAGCUCAUGGUUGUGGAGGAAUAUGCAACAGUAUACCAAUUGGUCUCUGUCAUCGAGGGCCAGUGCACCCCAAACAACCCAACAUCGAGCAAGCCUCCCACUGGACCCCGCGGUCUCGACGUAUUGCGAGCGUCCUUACCACCUGGAUCAAUGACUGGUGCCCCAAAGAAGCGCUCCUGUGAGAUAUUGAGAGACCUGGAGCCGAGGAAUCGGGGAAUCUACUCUGGAGUCCUGGGCUACUUGGAUGUCGGUGGCGGCGGCGAUUUAUCUGUGGUGAUUCGGACUGCUGUUAGCGUGGACACGGCCACUGAUGGUGGCAAGCCCCACGAGGGUGUGCACAAUGAGGCAGGUUUUGGGGCUGAUCACAGCCCAUUUGCUGGGAACAUCUAUCGAAUUGGGGCAGGUGGCGCGGUGACAAUCCAGAGCACUGAUGAGGGCGAGUUCACGGAGAUGGAUGUUAAGUUGUCAAGUGUUCUGGGUGCUUUUACCGCUACUGAGGUGGACAUGUAG